AGUUUGUCUACGCUUUAUGUCUACCCGUUUAGGGCACAUUAUAAAACAACUAUAUAUAUAGGAAGUAAAUAAGCAAAUUUUACAUGAGAAACAGAACUAUUUUUGUGUAAAAUGUCGUACAAUUCAGGCUGUCUAGUGUAUUGUAUUUUCCUUCUUCUAGGGAUAUCCGUAGCUCAAGAAUUCUACUCUGAAUCAACUGAAUACACGACGUGGAAGAGUUCAACAUGUAGAAUGGCAAUACCAGAUAUAGAAUAUGACGAUUUUUCUAUAGAUAUCAAACAGAAGCUAACACACGAUGAUUUGUGGCUAGGGUACUACAGGGCGAUGAUUGGUUUUGAAUAUUUUGGAUGUGUAAAAAAUACAAGUGUAAAAGCCAUGAAAACAAUACAUAUUGAAAUGAAUUCUCCUGGCCAUUGCUAUUCUGCUUGCGGAAAAUCGGUACAAAAUAUUGGACUGAAAGAUAGGGAGUGUUUCUGCUUAGACGCCAUGGAACCAGAUCCGAUAAGCGAGUCAUCGUGUAAUUUAUCAUGCCCAGCCCCUUCCCUUAACAUAGCAUGCGGUGGAAAGUUCCAUUUGUCAUUGUACAGGAUAAAUCCAAAUGUAUCAAACAUAACCGAGACUUUUGGAAACAGAAAAAGAGGCAGCAAUUGCGUUAGGCAUGGAAACACACUGAAAUGGGAUGCAUGCAAUGGAUCGUUACUAAUCAUGUGUGAAUUUGGUCAGCAUGUUGUGACUGUGCCUGUCCCCGCAAUGAGCCAACAGUACUUCAAAUGGAAUGUGGCAAAUAAUUAUUGUUUUGAUAAUAAUGGACGACCAGUCUCCUAUGCGAACGCGUUGAAUCUUGCAAGCUCAACUAAUGUGUCAUGGACAGGAAUGUGUCGUAGUUUCGCUAUUUUCUCUAUUUUCUAUGAUACAGAACCAGCCAAUGAAGCCAAUGAAGCCGUUAAUAAAGAAUAUGGAUAUUUAAAAAGGUCUGUUUCUUCUAAUGAAUUUCAACUCCAUUUCACAGAAAAGAAAAACGACAAAAAGAUGACUCUUUGCACAACAGGAACCGGAAAUCGUGUUAGUAGCAGCGAACCAACAAAUAAAGAACAGGCAGACAUUGAAAGUGAUAAAACAGACGUAAGUGCUGCUGUUGGCGCAUCUGUUGCUGCAGUCUUGGUUAUUGCUUUAGUGUUUGUCUUUGUGAUACUGCGAAAACGAAAGAAAAUUCCAGAACUUUGCAAUGGCACUCCUUCCUCAAAAGAUACUGAAUCAUUCGAUAAUUUAGGCGCAAAACCAAAUGAGUAUCAUUCAUAUGACCAAAUUGGUGGUUCAUUCAGCCAGGAGAACGCGGAUUCAAAUGCUGAAGCUUCGACAAUUGACAAUUAUCAUGCCCACACGUAUUUUGUACCUGAGAAACAGGAAAAGGAAAUUGACAAUGCUAAUGAAACGUAUGAUUUAGCUGGGGCUGGAAAACACACACAUGCUGAGGAAAGGAAUCAUUAUAAUCGUGUCAAGAUAGACAACAAUGAAACGUAUGACCAUGCAUAUAAUCAAAGUAAGGAUAAAAUUGAAACACAUGAUGAGACAUAUGACACAACGGAGAAGGCAGCUAUGAAACUGAAGAUCGGAGCUGCUAAAAAUUUGGAUGAAUUUCAUGGCACAGACGAAGAUGAUUAUAACCAUAUAAACGGUAAACUAUUGAAAAACAGUGCGACCGAUCAUGUGUAUGGUGUGCCGUGUCAGCCGGAAACUGACACUGGAGAUGUUGGCAGUAGUCCUCAGAAGGAAUUUCAGGAUGGAGACACAUAUAGCCAUAUAAGAAAUAAACCUCCGAAAAGUUACAAAGCGGACAAUUUGUAUGGUGUACAUAACCACCAAAAUGCGUCAACAGAGAUAGAUUGAAAUCAAGAGGGUUAUAUUGAAUCGUCACAGACAGAAACAACGGAGCAUGCACUGCUGCCAACGAUUACUUAAAAAUAGGAUAUAAAAAUAAUAUCAUAAAAUAUUAUAUAAAUUAAAAAAAAGGAACGUAUAAUAUCAACUAAUCAAACGUUCAAAGAACUUAAACAUUUCGUUUUAUUUCCCAACGCUGAGAAUCUAGUAUUUUGCAUUGUAUGUUUGCAUAAAUAUCUGACCUGUACUAACACAUUAUUUUGUGUACCAAAUAAUGAACUCAAUUUUUUGUAUAUUAUUCGUAAUAUUCUUUUGGGAAAAAGAACUGCCUGUAUUUUGCUCCAGUCAAAUUGGAAGUUUGUUAUUAAAAGGGAAGGGAAUGCCCGACCAUAAGUUAUAUAUAUUAACACAAUCGAUAAAAAACCAGUCAGAAACCAAAAAACAAAGUAAUUCGGACCACAAUUGAAAAUAAAUGGCAGUUUGAAAUUUAGGAAAAUGACUAGCCACGAAGCCAACCAUUUUAGUGUUUGCCGUGCAUGGCUCUAUGACUGUGUUUGGGAUACUCUGUGCUUCAGAGAAAUCUACCCUUACCUUUUAUCUUUUAUGAAAUCCUUAACACACUACUGAUCCAUUUAUUUAGCAUAUACCAUUAAAAAACUAGCAUAAAAUUGCUGUUCUUGUCACUUUUCGGGGGUGUUUUAACAGGAGAGAAAACGUGUGUUAACAGAGAGUUAACAGAGAGAUUCUCGCGCUCACGUGCGUUAAAACACCUUUCUACAUACACGCGUGCAG